UUUCUAUCAUCAACCAACAACUAGCAGUCCAAUAGCUUUAAUCUUUUCAUACAUCUCUUCAAAAGAAUUCAAACUUUCAGAAAACAAAAAAAAAUAGAAAUGGCUUUGGUUAGAAGUCUAUUGGGUGCAAAGAAGAUUCUUGGACGCUCCGUCUCAGCAGCUUCCACGAGCAAAACAGCAGCCUCGGCGGCACCGAAAGGGUUUCUUGCAGUGUACGUAGGAGAGGCACAAAAGAAGAGAUAUGUGGUGCCAAUCUCAUACUUGAGACAGCCUUCUUUUCAAGCUCUUCUCAGUAAAUCCGAGGAAGAGUUUGGGUUUGAUCAUCCGAUGGGUGGCUUAACGAUCCCUUGUCCUGAACAUAUCUUCAUUAACAUAACGUCUAGGCUCCAAUGAUGAUUAUCCAAAUCUUUUCUUCUUCAUGAGUUAGCAGUAGACAUCUUCUUUGUAAAUUAUAGGAGCUUUUUUUUCCUUUUUUUUCUUCUAAAGUUUUGAAAGUAAAUACCAUUUUCAUGAUAGACUAAUACACUUUUGACGAUCA